CAACAAAUGUGCUGCAACAAUAAGUCAUCAAAACGUGCAGGAGCAGGUGUUGCAGUUUGUAUUGCUGUUGCUGCAGUUAUUAUCAUCAUUAUCAUCGUUACAUUAUCUGUACUACUUACUAUGCCAAGUGGAAACAGUUCAACAAAUGCAACCAGUCUCAAUGAUACAAACAUGACUACGAUACCUUCAACUGAUGCUGCGCCAACACUCACCUCGCAACGUUCGCACACCCCUGUUUUGACAAGCACUGCACCAACUGCUACUUCGCAAUUUUCUAAAAUACCUGUUGUGACUGGAACUACACCUGGACUCACUUCAAAAAUCUCUCAAACUACAAUCUCUACAAGUACUGAAACAACUCUCCCGUCGGAACUGUCUGAAACUACAAUUUCUACCAGUACUCUACCACCAUACACCUCACAACUGUCUCGAACUACAAUUUCUUCAAGUACUCCACCAACUUACACCUCGGAACUGUCUCAAACUACUAUUUCUAAAAGUACUCCACCAACUUUCACCUCGGAACUGUCUGAAACUACUAUUUCUACUGACACUGCACCAACACACACCUCCCAGCUGUCUCAAACUUCUGUAUCAACUGUAUUGACGCCUAUGUUACCAGCUACAAUACCAUCAGUGACAUUUUUGCCUCACACAACACAGUCCCGAACAACAAUUCCUUUACCUACUGUACCAAGAACAUCGUCUUUCUUCAGCACGCUACUUGGUGAGACAACGCAAUCUCGGACAACAAUUGGAUUACCGACUGUACCUCGAAUCACUACCACUGGACCUACCGCAAUACCAAUUACGCAGUCUCCAUGCAAUGUGCUAACUGUUGAUGAAAACUCGCGUAUUGAAGUUUUGGAACCAAUACCUACAAUGUCAGCAGUUACAGCAUGUAUUUGGGCACAAACAGAUGAAGUGUCUGGAGGAACACCAUUUUCAUACAAUACUGCUGGAGCAGACAAUGAAUUCUUUCUCAGUUUCCCAGAAAAUUUUAGAGUGGGUAUAAGAGGCGCAACCACUGGUGCGACUGGAAUCAGUGUGAAUGAUGGUGCCUGGCAUCAUGUGUGUGUCACAUGGAAUUCAGUUGGUGGAAUAUUCAACAUCUAUGACAAUGGUGUACUGGCAUUUGGUGGUAGUAGUUUCAGAACUGGGUUGAUGAUAAGAUCUGGCGGUGUUCUCAUAUUAGGACAGGAACAAGACACGUUGGGAGGCGGAUUUGACCCAGGCCAAGCAUUUAAAGGAGAUCUAGCAAAUUUUAAUAUGUGGAACAGGGAAUUAGAUGGUGUAGAUAUCCUACACUCCACAAACGACUGUUCAUGUGAUAUUGAAGGCAAUGUGUUUUCAUGGAAAUCUGAUAGCCUUGAUAUUGCCGGAACUGCACUAGUCUCUGCUGAAGAUUUCUGUCCUAAGCCUUCACUGACGAACGUAGCACUAGACAAGACUGCAACGCAGAGCAGCGAUUGGUCAGUUUCUUUUCCAGCAUCAAAUGCGGUGGAUGGUAAUACAAACACACACUGGGGUAGUGGUAGUUGUACCAGCACACAACGUGACGUUAAUGCAUGGUGGAAAGUUGAUCUUGGUGAAAAUUAUCUUGUAUAUGAAGUUAUUCUUACUAAUCGUCAAGAUCCGUGCUGUAAAACGCGUAUUUUGAACAGCGAGGUUAGAAUUGGUUUAUCGGAUGUCAUAUCUGAAAAUAUCCGAUGCGGUGAAUUAGUUGCACUGGAACAAACCAGUCAGUCAGACGUCGUAUUUGAAUGUGACAGUCCGAUUGUUGGACGUUACGCCAGUCUACAGCUUGUGGACAGAACUGAUCUUCUUAACUUCUGUGAAAUGCGGGUAAUGGCAUUAGGUAAGAGACGAUCAUAA